UUCCACCUCGAGUUGCACACGCAGCCCUACCACUUUUACAAGAAACUACUACGACUUUUGUGGUUGAAUUAUAUCCACAACAGCAUCGCGAUGUCAUCUGUGAACGAUCCUGCUGCUAUGGCUGCAUUGGCUGGCGAGGAGGCCAGCGCCGGCCUGACUGGUGGCGCCACGUCUUCUACUGCUACUCCGGCUGAACAGGUGCAGGCUGAGAUGAAUGCUGCUGCUGCUGCGGCUGGUACUAAGAAGAAGAUGAAGAUGAAGAAAAUGGGUGCAGCUGGAGCCGCUGAAGCUGCGUCUGCCAAUGGUGACGAGGAUGACGAUGCUGUGAUGGACCUUGGUGGUCAAGAGUAUGAUCUUCUUCAAGAAGAGGGUGAGCCCAAGCCUGCAGCUACGACCUCCACGACCACGACCUCCAACAACCGCAACCGCAAGAUGGGGACCACGGUACUAGAGGUUAUUUGAUAGGUUAUUUAGGUCCAAAAUCCUUCUGAUUUUUUUCAGUUUCAGAUGGUUAAAGUUGGUGGGUAUUCUGGCGGGUAUUUAUAGGAUAUUCUUGGCGGGUAUUUAGGAGAUAAAGUUUGGUUAUUUUGAUUUUCUAUUUGAAAAUCAAGGGUUUAGAAGAGGGAGGGAUGAUGUUCAUUUUACAAAUAACCACCUAUUUAUCCGUUUGAGCAAUCCACUUUAUCCACCCGAAUACCCGUUUGAGAUUGUGUGCGUUUGAUCCAAAUAACCGCCAAGAAUAGCCACUACUUUAACCUCUGCCCAAAUGAUCCCAGUUCUAUCUUCAACUUUAUGGUUUAGAUGUUUAGAACUUUGAAAAUGAAGAUCCUUACCUCUUAUCCAAGACAGCCUCUCCUUCUUACUAACUGCCGCCUCGCUUGAUUCCUAUCAUCAUCCAUCUAAAACACUUCACAGAAACGCAUUGCUGCUUUGAAUUCGCCGGGUGCAGAUGCUCGCGUUGGCGCGGGAGCGGCGAAACGUUCUCGCAAGGUUGUUCCGCAGUUGAACCACUCCCACGACGAGUUGUACGCCUACUGCAAGGAGAAGCUUCGCAACAAGUCGAAGUCGGAGAGCUGGGGCUUCGGAAUGGCAACGUUCUUGGUUGGGCUGGAGGCCUUUGGUACCAAACCGAUUAACGAUGUUACCCUCGCUGGGUCGGUCUUCAAGAAUGCCAUCGAGUUCCUCAUCGACGAGGUGAAGCGCAUCUUGCAGGAGCGUGAUGCCGCUGGUUUGCGCGA